UGGUGGGUUCAGUCUUACACGAAAACGCGAAUAAUUAGGCCAAAACUGUGUGUUGAGGUAGUUCGGUCUAAAUAUAUUAUUCUUUCAAGAUAAUCUUGAUAUUUUUUAUAAUUUUCAUUAUGGUUGUGUUGGAUGAGAAAAAAGAGAGCUUUUUUGAUGACGAGAUCAAUGAAGAUGAAUUGAGGGAAGAACGUCGCAGAACCGGAAGAUAUGUGGCUACCGGAACUGCGAUUUUUCUGUCGCUGCUUGGCUUGAAUCAGUCCCUAGCCAGAGGAAAUCCUGAAUAUGCUGCCUUAUUCCUGCCUGCUCUAAUUAUGUUCUUCUAUAUUCUCUGGAGGAUAAGGAAGACGAAAAAGAAUGAUCAGAAUGAAAAUGCCCCCUUGGAAGAUAUUCACGUAAUACAAAUUCCACCCAAUACUCAGGAGCAACCAAAAGUACCGAAGAAGAAAAAUAGUUUUCGCAGAAAUUCCAGAUUUAUGUUCGCAAGAUCUUAUUCUGUCGCUUGACACUGAAGUUAUCACUGAUUCAGCAACUUGGUCAAUGGUUUAGAAUGUGUUAAGUCAUUUACUAUGCCUUUAGUAAAUAAAAAACUUAGAAAUUGGUUUGUGAAUUUGAUAUGUGAUAAUAAAUAUCUUUUUUUAAA